AUGGGAGACGUGGAGAAGGACGCAAAUUCGGAGUCGAGACAUUCAUCAAGGCCCCCGUCCGAUCGCCUGGUGCCAGAAGACAAGCUCUUCCUGCGUACCUACCACGAGCGAAAUGCCGGACGGCUGGUUGUGAAACCGGAAGAGGCGAGGGUUGAAUUCGGUGACGAUAUUGCGAAGAGGUUGAAGCUGUCGCGCGACGGCCGUACGAUCCUAUGGCCGCAACCCACGGAUGAUCCGGACGACCCACAAAAUUGGUCAGAUUCUCGCAAGAACUUCCAAUUGUUCAUUAUCACCCUUGCCGCUGUGGUCCCAGACUUUGAUUCCGGAAUUGGAAUUGCGUCAAUUUUUGCACUUGCUAAGCAGUACGAUACGACGUCUGGAGUUAUCAAUGAUCUCACAUCGAACUGGAGUAUCUUUCUCUUAGGGUGGGGUAGCAUAUUCGCCGUCAUGCUCAUGCGCCGAUUUGGCCGACUCCCGGUCCUUUUCUGGUCGCAAGUCCUGGCCCUUGGCUUCCUUGUGGGGUGUACGUUUGCACCGAAUUUGAGGACAUUCGCAGCAAUGCGCUGCUUGACGGCAUUUUUCGGUACAUGUCCGCAAGUGACAGGGCUGUAUGUUGUUACAGAUAUGUUUCCAUUCCACUUACAAGCACGCAAGCUCAACAUCUGGACUAUGGGUUUCAUCAUCUCGCCCUUCUUAUCUCCAUUCCUCUUCGGCUUCCUCGUCGCUCGCGCUGACUGGCGCUGGGCGUAUGGCGCCGGUUCGAUCUACGGUGCCAUAGUUGUCUUCUUCAUUACAUUCUUCGCGGAGGAAACUAUGUAUGAUAGGACACUCCCAAAUCCGCGUCCGAUCCCACGCUCAUCGUCUUUCUUACGCGACCGUAUCGAGACUCUAGUGGGCGUAACGGGCGCCCGCAUGGCACGCUAUCGUACGCGGUGGCGCGACUCUAUUUUGGCAUGUUUGGACAUCGCCUGGCGUCCACAUCUCUUCAGUAUAUUGCUUUUUGAGGGAAUGUUGUUCGGUUUCAGCAUUGGUAUCAAUACUACAAAUGCCGUCUUCCUUGGUUUGCCGCAGCCAUUAGGAUACGGCAUGAGCGAAUACGCGAUCGCUGGUAUGUACGGAACACCGAUAGUUAGUGUCCUAAUCGGAGAGUUGCUGGGACGCUACUUCAACGACUGGGUUAUGAACUUCUGCAUUGGGAGGAACAAAGGCGUCUUCCAAGCAGAGAUGCGACUCUGGACCUGCUACAUUGCUGUACCAUUGUAUAUCUGCGGGUUUCUUAUGUUGGGUGCUGCAUUCCAGAACCACUUGAGCGUGGCAGCAGUAAUCAUUGGCUGGGGUAUUGCCGAAGUCGCUGUUAUGAUUUGUACGGUCGCCGUCUAUGCCUUUUGCAAUGACUGUUUUCCGACGAGACAGGGAGAAGUCUCUGCACUCAUCAAUUUUGCACGGACGAUGGGUGGAUUCAGUGUCGCAUACUUCCAGGUGCCGUGGGCCUCACGAAAUGGGGCGCUGCAGACGUUUGGUGUAGAGGCGGCGAUUGUUGCUGCGCUGUUCCUUUUAGUCGUGCCCGCUCUUCAACUGAAAGGCUCAUAUCUCAGAGUGAGUUGGCAGCUUAUUGCUGACCGAGUCUCGUAA